AUGUCUAGGUAUGCAACAGAGGAUGUUGAUGACUUCAUUAAAGGUCAAGAAAAUAUCAAUACUUCGAAGAAAACUAAAAGUGACAUAAAAAUCCUAGUAGAUUUUUUACGGAGUGAGAGGAAUGAACUCAGACCGAUCGAGGAGAUAGAUCCCCAUGAUCUUAAUGACCACCUCAAACAUUUUUUCAUUAACAUAAGAAAGGAGGAUGGUGCAGAAUAUCAACCAUCAACCUUAAGAGCUUUUAUGAGCAGCAUCGCAAGAUAUCUCAAGGAUAAAGAAUACAUGGAAGAUUUGCUGAAGUCCAUCGUAUUUGAUAAGUGCCGAACUGCUCUAAAAUCAAAGCAGAAGAAUUUGAAAAGUCAAGGGCAUUGUUUAAAAUGUUAUAACUGCAACAGCUAUACAGAUGCCAACUGUGCUGAUGACAACUUUGGCUUGCGUCCGAAAACUGGAAAAUGCCAAGGGAGAAUAGUCGACCGAGCAACCUUGUAUACCCAAAAAGUUAUAGAUCAACUAUUUUCAAAAUCACUGGAUACGUGUUGCGAAGGCGAAGAUGUGAUAUGUACGAAGUUAAAACUGGAAGUGAGGGGCGUGACACUUAUCAAACGAACGUGCUUCAGGUCAAGCUUAUCUGUGCCUAUAGGAUGUAGUGAGGAUAGUGUUGCUGGCAUAACAGCUCUGUGCUUCUGUAAAACGGACAACUGCAACGGCGUUGACAGUGUGCGACCAUAUUUCAACGUUGUUCUGAUCGUAGCAUUGUUCACUCUACUGGUGUAGAUUAAGACUUUAUCACAGACAACACUUUCAGUGAACACAGAACGUUAUCUCCUGAAAGUGCUGAUUUCACCACUGGACAUAGAAACAUUAUUAUUGAACCCCCCUCCUCUAAAAAUAAACGGAAAAGUAAUCCCUAGACUAGAUGUAAUACUCAUAAACACCUCGGACUUACUCUUGACCAACACCUAAAUUUCAACGCAAACAUUGAUCACUUAACUAACAAAGUAAUAAGCCUAAUGAGUAGAGACCCAUAAAGAUAUAAGAACUUUCCUCCUUUCAUUUAUAAUCUCGUCAGAUCCUAGGAGAAUGGGGGAGGGACUA